CGAUUCGCCACCCCGGCCGGUGCCCUCCUCGGCUCCGGUCCCCCGCGCCUCCGCCCACCGACGCCUAGGGCUAGCUCCCCGCCUCGCGUGGCGGUGCGCCCGGCCGCUAGGCUUCGGCGCCCCCCUCCACGACGACCAAGGGGGCUCCAUUAGGGUGAGAGCAGAUGUCGGGACCUAAUAAAGCUCCAUUUAGUGGAGUGGCUGAGGAUUUGAAAGGAAGAGCAGCUUGCUACAAACAAGACUGGAACCAUGGAUUUCGUUCUGGUUUAAGGAUAUUGGCACCUACGCUCUACAUAUUCUUUGCAUCCGCAGUUCCUGUUAUAGCCUUUGGGGAGCAAUUGAGCAAAGAUACAGAUGGUACACUAACCACAGUUGAGACAUUAGCAUCAACUGCUAUUUGUGGAAUCAUACAAUCAAUAAUAGGCGGACAGCCACUAUUGAUCGUGGGAGUUGCAGAACCGACUAUUAUCAUGUACACCUAUAUCUACAAUUUUGCCAAAAACCAACCAAACCUGGGAGAAAAAAUGUUUCUUCCAUGGGCUGCAUGGGUUUGCAUCUGGACGGCUGUGAUGCUGUUCCUCAUGGCAAUGUUUAACGUUGCAGCUAUUCUAAACAGAUUUACAAGGUUUUCUGGAGAACUUUUUGGAAUGUUAAUCACAGUUUUGUUCAUGCAAGAGGCAAUCAAGGGGAUGUUGGGUGAAUUCAGUGCCCCUGAGGGGAAUGACCAAAGUCAACCAAUAUUCCAGUUCCAGUGGCUAUAUAUUAAUGGUCUGCUUGGACUAAUCUUUUCAAUGGGUGUACUAUAUACUUCAUUAUCUAGCGGGAGCGCAAGAUCAUCGCUCUACGGCACUGGAUGGCAAAGGAGCUUAAUUGCUGACUAUGGUGUUCCACUGAUUGUCAUACUGUGGACAGCAUUGUCAUAUUCAUUGCCAAGCAAGAUCCCUUCAGGGGUCCCUAGGAGGCUCUUCACCCCACUUCCUUGGGAACCCAAGUCGCUCCAGCAUUGGACAGUGGCAAAAGAUCUGUUUUCAGUCCCUCCAGCACAUAUAUUCCUGGCUAUUGUGCCUGCUGCGAUGGUUGCAGGGCUCUAUUUCUUUGACCACAGUGUAGCUUCACAGAUGGCUCAGCAGAAGGAAUUUAAUUUGAAGAACCCAUCAGCCUACCAUUAUGACAUUUUGGUCCUGAGCUUGACAACCUUGAUCUGUGGUCUUCUUGGCAUUCCUCCAUCUAAUGGAGUACUUCCCCAGUCUCCCAUGCAUACAAGAAGCCUAGCUGUCCUCAAGAGGCAGUUGCUUCGCAAAAAGAUGGUCCAAACUGCCAAGGAGGGCAUGAUGAAUAAUGCUACCAGUUCUGAAGUUUAUGGCAAAAUGCAAGAUGUUUUCAUAAAAAUGGACCAUGGAGGCGACACUGUUUCUGCGCACAAAGAACUGAAGGACUUGAAGGAUGCAAUUAUUCCGGAGGGGAACGGAGCAGGGACAGUGCCUGAAGUAUUUGAUCCUGAAAAGCAUGUAGAUGCCUACUUGCCUGUCCGGGUGAACGAGCAGAGAGUGAGCAAUCUGUUGCAGUCCCUGUUGAUUGCUGGUUGUAUCGGAAUUACGCCUCUCAUUCAGAGGAUACCGACAUCAGUCCUCUGGGGUUACUUCGCCUAUAUGUCCAUCGACAGCCUUCCUGGGAACCAGUUCUGGGAGAGGAUAAAACUUCUUUUCAUCACGCCUCAAAGGCGCUACAAGGUUCUUGAAGGAGCACACGCAUCCUUCAUGGAGUCAGUGCCUUUCAACACAAUAUGUGCCUUCACAGCCUUCCAGCUAAUCUAUCUGUUGAUCGUCUUUGGGAUGACAUGGAUACCAGUAGCAGGAAUCCUCUUCCCGCUGCUCUUCUUCUUCCUCAUUGUCAUCAGGCAACAUUUGAUUCCGAAAUAUUUCGAUCCGAGCCACCUGAGGGAAUUAGAUGCAGCCGAGUACGAAGAACUCGAAGGUUUUACGCCUGAUCCGUCAGUGUGUGAGGACGAGUCUGUUCGAAGCCGAGAUGCUCAGCCUGGAUAUGCUUCUGAAAUACUGGAGGAAUUCACGACUCACCGUGGAGAGCUGAAACGCAGGAACUCUAGCUUCCGUGAUGGGAGACUACUCCAGCUUAACUCUGUCAGGAUGACAAGAGAGCUUUCUCGGGCUCCUUCUCGGAUAGAGCUUUCUCGGGCUCCUUCUCGGGUUCCAAGAGUCAUGGAACAAUAAGGGGAGCAACCAUUGUUUUCUGAAUCGCAACUCCAAUUAAGCAUGGGGGUGUGAAGUGUCAUGGCCUGAUUGCUCACGAGAUUGCAAGUAACUCAUUUUAGGUACUGACUUUGGGGCAAAUACACGGGGGUGGGCAGAGGAGUGUAGCGGAACUGGACAUGCUCAAGAGCUGGAAAUUGUUUGUAAAAAAAUGUAAAGGCAAAAAGAAAUGCAUGUUGAACACAUCUAAGCCUCAAUUUCAGAUUUGAGAUUUUGGUGGAGGA